AUCAAAGACAAGGACUUGAAAAAAAAUGUAGGCACAGCUGUUGGCAUUUCCUUAACUCUGAUUGCCUCUGGAAUCCACAUUCUCCACUCCUUCGUCACAGUUUUUGUGAACAUUUUAAUAAUCCUGUUUGUGAAUAAGAAUUUAUUUCAGGCAAUGUCAUUUGGCCAGUUUUGUCUUCUCUUUCCUUUAUUUGCUCUUCUUCCGCUCAACUAUCCACUUUGGGAUUCCAUACCCGCCAGCUCAUACAAAUUUAGUUCAAAUGAUGCUCACUUUAAAGUUAGUUGGUUUAGCAUUUGAGGUAAACUCCACUCACAACUCCCAGAAAAAGAGAGACACGUCUGAAAAAAAUCAAGAGGAGAAAGAUGAAGCCAAUAGAAUUGAGCCGACUUGUGUUGAUAUUAUUCACUAUGCGUUUAAUUAUGUGGGCGUAUUGACUGGCCCUUAUUACCGAUAUCGCACUUUUGUCGAUUAUUUAAACUUUCCAUUUUUCGAAUAUGCAGACUGGAAGAAAGCAACAAUUGACAAACUUAAAUAUGUUCCUCUUUUUGCUGUAUUAUUUCUAUGGGGCUCUUAUAAUUGGCCAUUAUCAUAUGCAAUGUCUGACGAAUUUUAUGAGAAAUCAUGGUUGUAUCGCUAUUGGUACAUUUGGCCCAAUUUUUUUAUCUUCAGGAUGAGAAUUUAUGUGGGAUUAGUACUAUCGGAAUGCGUUUGUACCAUGGCAGGUUUUGGAGCGUAUCCCACUUUCACUAACCCCAAACCGGGUCAGGGACCAUCAGAGAAUUUCCAUGAAAUGAAAAAACUCUUAUCAAAUGAAGAUGCAUUAAAAAAGACUGAAUACGAUUUUGAAACUAUCCAUAAUAUUAAUCCAUAUGGGGCCGAUUUUUGCACCACAUACCGGGAAGCGAUGAAACAUUGGAAUAUCUGUAUCCAGUAUUGGUUGGCCGUCAAUGUUUACAAAAGGUUCCCAAGCAAAAAAUACAGAACUGCUGUUACCAUGUUAGUGUCUUCCUUUUGGCAUGGGGUCUACUCUGGUUAUUACGUGUGUAUCGGAACUGCGCCCCUAUGUCUUCUGCUUGAGGAUGUUUAUUACAAAUUAUAUCUCAAGGACAGAAAAGGACCGUAUUUCAAAAUAUUAGAAUGGGUUCAUUGGUUUUUCAGGAUGCAUUUCUUUUCAUAUCAAGGCAUUGCGUUUUUGUUACUUGAAGUUAAUCUCAUUCUGAAAUAUUAUAAUUCGAUUUAUCACGCCGGAUUGGUUUUGUGGGUAAUUUUGUAUGUUGUGGGGUUCCAACUGUUGAAAAACAAGAGGCGCAAGGAGAAAAAAUUAGCCGAGGAAGCAGCAAAAAAUGAAUAAUUUGACAGGGCAUAGGCUAGAUUUUAAGCAAAUGUGUCUUCUCUGUAGUGUAGUACAAAAAGAACCAAAAAUAUUUUAAUAAAGGUGAUUUUGAAUAUAAAAAAUUUUAAAAAGUAGAUUUUUGUAAAAUGAAUUUGUACUGUGCAGGACGUAACGUUUGGGGCCAUAACAUUGUUUAUAUAAUGUGGAAAAUAAAAAUUUGCAUAAAAUAAA